AUGGUCUUCUCCUAUAUCUCCAACCUUAAGCCAUCUGAGAUCAUCUUGCAUCUCCUAGGAGCAAGAAGAAUCACCACCUUGUCGCAUCUACAGUACACCAAGCAACUCAACAUAGCUCCUAAUAAAUCUACCCAUGAAUACUUCACAGCCAACGAUGGCAUGUACCGCGCCUUUUUUGCUGCUUGCAAGACAGCUAUUCGCAAAGGCAGCACAGCCUGGGGUCCUACCACUGGACAGCUAGCAGGCGCGCUCAUGGCCUGUACAGCCCUCAGGACAUCGGAAGAGUUGGCCGCUGGAAGCAUAAGAGACGAAAUUGGAGGUUUAUGUUUCUACUACUUACACACAUCCCUACUGAAAAGGGUCCGAAGCACACGACCACUGAUCCGAAAGCGCAAGGUGAAGAAACAGAAGGUUACCGAUUGGAACCCUGACUAUCUCGACACGGGGUUCAAUCUUGAACACUCGCCUGCGGAGGAGGAUGGAGGUUCCUAUCAAAACCAAGGUCAGAUCUGGAACUACGAAAAAGCUUAUCAAGAGGCCAAAGAAUCAGGUGUCAUUCCCACCCAAACCGCGAUUUUCACACGAUGCCAGAGCGAAUCCGAAUUCGACAAGGUAACAAUGCCACUUCAUCACGAUAUCAUCACGGCCUUGGAGGAACGCAACCCCAGUGUGCACGGCCAUUAUCCGGGAUGUGAAAAAGCGAGCUCAAGAAGAAUGCCAUUGUGGCUCAUCGUCGACGCUACAGUAUCAGCGCCCCCAAGGAAGCCUUUGCUAUUGCAGAAGAUCAUGAGAUUGAUGACCUAUCUAAGAACAAUGACAAACUUGGCCAGGGCGUUGCGAAAUCUCUCGGCAACUACAACAUCUGAUGGGUGUUUCCAGCAAAACAUCAAACUACUUUUUGAUGUUACUCUUCGCAGUAAAAAGGUUUAUUUUUGGCUUCGGGAAUGCAACCGGGAUGGGUAUGAUGCACGAGGUGUUGAGCUGGAAUUAUGGCAUUCUUGUAAUGGGGCUUAG